GCUGAGGAACCGCUUUGUCAUCGGAAUCUUGCACAUAAUAAGGUGCUAACUAACAAGCGGAUAUUUUCGGUUCUCGCUGUUGAAGGGUGACGUCUGCAGCUUCUCAUUGGCUGGUGGUGCCAGUCAACAAACAAAGAAUACACAUCGGACAUGCGGAUACGGAGACUACUCUUUUUAAGAGCUGUUAUAACACCUUAAACACCCACAGUUACACAUAUAACAGCUUUCAGGAGGAGAAGAAACCUGUUUACUGUUUAAAAGGGCUCGUUAAGCGGUUGGAGAUGAACGGAGACUGUGUGGACGCAAAGCGUGUGGAUACAACAGAUGCUAGUAAGGAUGGGGCAUCUGCAUCACAGCCCAUGCAGGUUGAUGCCAAGCCUCAAUCCCAUGCCUUCAGAUACAGCUUGAACUACCCCAACAUCGGCCACUGCAUCAUCAUCAACAACAAGAACUUUGAUCGCAGGACAGGCAUGAACCCACGCAAUGGCACUGACGUAGAUGCAGGAAAUGUAAUGAACGUGUUUCGAAAGCUUGGAUACAUUGUGAAAGUCUACAAUGACCAGACAGUUGCGCAGAUUAUGCAGGUUUUAACAACAGUUGCCCAUGACGAUCACAGCCGCUGUGCUUCAUUAGUGUGUGUGUUGCUCAGUCACGGCGAUGAGGGGGUGUUUUUCGGCACUGAUACAUCUGUGGAUCUCAAGUCUUUAACUAGUCUGUUCAGAGGAGACCGCUGCCCAUCACUAGUGGGAAAGCCUAAACUGUUCUUUAUUCAGGCUUGUCGAGGAACAGAACUGGAUCCUGGUGUGGAAACUGACCACCCUGAUCACCCUGACAUCCCAGAUGGUCGUGUAAGGAUCCCAGUGGAGGCAGAUUUCCUCUAUGCAUACUCUACUGUACCAGGUUAUUACUCCUGGAGAAACACAAUGACCGGCUCAUGGUUCAUUCAGUCACUUUGUGAAAUGAUGACAAAGUAUGGCAGUGAACUGGAGCUCUUGCAGAUCAUGACCAGGGUCAACCAUAAAGUAGCACUGGAUUUUGAGUCCACCUCCAACAUGCCGGGCUUUGAUGCCAAGAAACAGAUCCCCUGCAUCGUCUCAAUGCUCACCAAAGAGAUGUACUUCACUCCUUAAAACCACCAGGGAAUCUUUGAGAACGUCAGCAGCUGUUUUUGGUAGGUUUCACAAGUAGGAUGUGCACUUUUAAGGGUUGGCUUUAGGAGUAUAAGACCAUUUCUUUACAGCAAAACUCUUCAGAACCACUGAAAUAUUAGCAGAACAUUCUCAGUCUCAGGUUUAUUGUGUUUUUCUAACAGUUAUAAAUGGUCUGUGCUUGCAAAUAGGUGCUCAAACAGUUUUGUGUUCUUGUGACUUUAUAUGGUUUCACUUGCCUCUGUUCUUUCUAUUCAUGAUGUAAUAAUAAUAAUAGUAAUGAACAAUCUUCAGAGGUAAGUGAUGUUGGGAUUUCUAGAGUUAUAGUAAUCGGGGACUUUCAUAAGCAUUAAUAUGCUAUUGCACUGUUAAAAAGGGAAUCAUAAAUGGGCAUUGAAUUAGUUAAAUCAGUGAUAUUGGAGAUGUAUCUUAAUCAAAGGGAGACCGCUGUGCCUAUUUUAAUGUGAAAAGCAAAGAGCAACAGUCAGAAAUAACUAUUGCCUAGUGCCUCUCUCUGAGCCAUGUGAAGGGAUUUUGAUAAACCUUUUGAAUAAAUCUUUUUUACAGUUUUCCACGAGACACGAUAAAUGCAUUAUUUACAGAAAUAUUUGGGGUUAAAGGAAAGUUCAACUCCCACCUCCUCAAAAUACAGCUGUCACCAUGUACUCACCCUUCACUUAUUUCAAACCUGUUUGACUUACUUUCUUUUAUUGAACAAGAAGAUAUUUUGAAAAAUGUUAAAAACAAUUGGCUUCCUAGUGUUUGUUUUUCCUACUAUGGAUGUCAAUGGUUACCCGUUUCCAACAUUCUUCAGAUUAUCUUCUUUAGUUUUAAACAGAAGCAACUCGUAAUAUCUGGAACCACUAAAGGGUGAGAUAAUGUGCAAUUGUUGGGUGGACAAUCUGUUAAUAUCAACUUCAGCUUUGGACAUUCUUUCCAAAUCUGUUUGACUUACGUUCUUACCGUGAACAAAAAAGAAGAUAUUUUGAAAAAUGCUGGUACAGUGGACUUGAUAGUAUUUGUUAUUCCUACUAUGGAUGUCAGUGGUUACCCAUUUCCAACAUUCUUCAGAAUAUCUUCGUUAGUUUUAAACAGAAGAAAAUCUAAAUAUCCGGAACCACUAAAGGGUGAGAUAAUGUGUCAUUUUUAUGUGAACAAUUCGUUUAUAUCAACUUCAGCUGUGGACAUUCUUUCCAAACCUGUUUGACACUUUCUUCUCUGGAACAAAAGAAGAUAUUUUGAAAAAUGUUAGAAUCUGGUAGCAAUUGGCUUCAUAGUAUUUGUUUUUGUUACUAUGGAUGUCAAUAGUUACCCAUUUCCAACAUUCUUCAGAAUAUCUUCUUUUGUUUUAAAGAGAAGAAACUCUUAAAUAUUUGGAACCAGUAAAGGGUGAACAAACGUGUAAUUUCUGUGUGAAUGGUCCGUUUAUAUCAUCGUAUUUUACUAACAACGUUAAAAAAAAUCUACUAACAUUUCUAGACUUAAAGUGGAAGUCUAUUGGCUGUCAACAAAUGUUUGUGGUCAUUUGUAUUUGAUCUGGAGUGCUCUGUAAUUUGUCCCCUUAAGAUGAUGAUGAAUGUCAUUCAUCUGUGAGAAAUCAUGUACACUUAUUACUGCUGAGGUCACUGAUACAUUGUGUGUUUUCCUGAUGCAUGCGUACAUAGAAAACAACAUACCUUUUGUGUUUAUUGUACAAUCUUGGUUAUAGUACAUGUUAGUUUUUUUCUAUGUAAAACCACCUUUGUAUGUAAUAAAACAGCUCUGCAGUAC